AAGCUAGCUGCAAGACGAACUUUGUUUUCACAAACGCGAACACACGUUUUCGGUUGUGUUUGGACAACUCAGCCUUGCAGUUAUUUUGGAAGGACCGCAGUCCGGUUUCCUUUCCAGAAGUAGAGUGCAGUCAGUGCUGGGAGUGGGACAGUUGCGGGAGAGUUGUCUCAAGGUUGUCAAUUCAGCCACCUCCUGGGUGAAGUAAGUUUCCGCCGACAAUGGCUCCUGCGCCUAAUUUCAAGCGGAAAACGGUGCCACCGGGAAAGCAGCGGCUCCGGACGCUGGGGAGAUCACCGACUGAGGACUCAUUGUCAGAACUCACGGACUGUGAUAAGGCGAUCACCAGUGCCAAUGAGAGCACGGAACUACCCGCAGCAGAUCUGUGUAGGAAAGCAGAAAGUCCGAACCAUGGUCCCUCGUACUUCCUCACCUUGGUCAUCUGCACAGGUGGAUUUGCUCUUGGUUACGCAAUCGGGUUUACCAGUCCGGCAUCAUACCAGCUGAAGGCAGCAAAUGGAACGGAACCUCAAGCAUACGGCAGAAACCUGGCACUGACGGGCACUGAGAUCAGCUGGUUUGGGUCGGCGCUGUUUCUUGCCGCUGGCCUGGGUGGCAUUGUCGGCGGGCUAAUGGCCAACAGACUGGGUCGAAGGUUGACAACAAUGAUCACGACCAUCCCAAUGAUUGCCGGCUGGGUGCUGAUUGUGCAUGCCAACCAGGUCGCAAUGCUGAUCACUGGGCGUGUACUGCUCGGAUGGGGCGUGGGUGUGCUGCUGCUAGUUAAUCCGGUGUACAUUGCGGAAACUGUACAGCUGGAGCUGCGCGGCAUUCUCACCACGUGCAUGCAGAUCUCGCUCACACUCGGCGUGAUUGUCUGCUUCGGCUUGGGCGGCUCGGUCGGCUACCGUGACAUGUCCAUCGUCGGCGCGUGCCUGGCUGGCGUGUUCUUCUUGCUGCUCUGGUUCAUUCCCGAGACUCCGCGCUGGUACAUGCGUGCAGGCCAUCUGGAAGAGGGCAUAAAGUCGUUACAGCGGAUGCGUGGAAGCAGCGCCACAGUGGAUCAUGAAGCAGCACAGAUCAUGAAGGCUGUCACUGCGGAGCUAAACGCCAAGCCGUUCUCAAUGGCGGAGCUGAAGGAGCCGUGCACCUACCAGCCACUGAUGAUGGCCAUCGCUCUAAUGUUUUUCCAGCAGUUCUCUGGAAUCAACGCCGUCCUAUCCUACACAACAAUCAUCUUUCAGGACGCCGGAUUGGCUGAGAAGGCCUCAGCAAUCAGUACUGGUGUGGCAGGCGUUCAGCUGCUGUUCACAUUCUUCAGUGCCUUCAUCGUGGACCGCUACGGCCGACGUCCACUGCUGAUGGUGGCAGGCGUAGGUAUGGGCAUUUCGCUGACCGUCCUGGCGCUGUUCUUUUUCAACCGUGACCACAUUCACGGCGAAACGGCGGCAGCGUUGCCCGCGACCGCCAUCUACGUAUACACGGCGUCGUUCUCCAUGGGCCUGGGCAUCAUACCCUGGCUGUUCAUGGCUGAAGCGUUUCAGACGCGCGCUUUCCCGGCACUCUCAGCCGUCACCGCCGGUUCCUCCUGGUUCAUGGCAUUCCUGGUCACUCAGUACUUCUCCGCUCUGUCCGACUUGAUGACAGAUGGCGGUGUGUUCUUGCUGAUGGCAGUCGUCUCGUUUGCUCUUGUUCUGUUCACGAAGGUCAGCCUUAUCGAGACCAAGGGUCUGUCCUUAGAAGACGUGGAGAAUAUCUUCAAGUGCAAGUCGGGACUUUCUGACGAAUACAGCCAGCGCCCUAGCGUCGCCAGCAGUACUGGAUCUGUUCCUGAUGAGAAUAUAGUGGUAUGAACUGGCCAUCACCUUAUAGCGAUCGGCCAAAAGUUUAUGCCCCGUGCCUGUGCAAAUGACCGCCUUAGCAGGACAUUGCCGGGUUGUAAGGCACGGUAGGUCCCACCAAAUGUUGACGAGUCUCGGUCAGGGUGCUGGUGCCUGGCUGGCCAUACUGAGCGGGCAACUCAACCAUGUGUCUGCCCUCCUUGUUGAGUCACCUACACUAAUCUAUAGUCCGCAGCUCGCCAUAUCAGUUUCAACUUCUUCCAUCUAACCACCAGCUGAAUGGUAUCUCCAUCAGCUUAGAACCACAGCAUGAAGACACUCAGUACAUCAUUGCAUCCAUUGAGAUAAUCAUCUAUUUUCAUAUGAAGAUCAGCCGCUUGCAACACUUGAGCUUGUGCUACCACAAAUUCGUACUUUUCAUAUUAUCUACUUUGAAGUAUAUUUGAGAAAGAGACAUCAAACGGAGACUAUAACAAUUUCCUGAAUAUUGGGCCAUUUCUUAAUUUUAAAUACGAUGACGCAACACAAACUUGUGACAGUCUUUGGCCAGGACUUAUCCAUGCAGACUAGGCUGCACCUCAGAUACGAAUAGGUUUUAGAAAGUCGGAUUGCACUGACUAGAUUAUCUUUCUAGAUUAUCUUUACUCGGAAUAGUUUUGAAUGGUACUUUCCCAUAGUAAAUGUUGCAGGGGUAGUUCUUUACCAAUUGAAUGAUGCUCUUACUUCCAGACUAUUCUUGCCUCUAUGUUUCUUUCCAUUUGUACAAUGUAUUCUGUUGACUGACCAACUGACAAAAUCACCGAGUGGCCCUUGCCAUGCAAAUGGACUUUCCCGAAAGUGAAUUAAUUAUCUUUGCAGCUAGAUUCUAUUCUUUGCUAGCCUUCACUCUUUUCCUUCUCCUCCUGUUUCAAGCUCCUCUGCCCAGUAAUUGCAGUGCUAAAGACACACCCCAUCCUUUCAUGUUCAAGUUCUCCAUGGAAUUUUUAUUUUGUUCCCUAUUAAAAAUUAUAAUUUUUCACCUAGCUCUUUCUCCUUUUCUACUCCGUUUUCUUCAUUUUUCUGUUCGUUUAACUUUCUCCAACUGUUUCUUUUGUUUUCCAAAAGCUUCCUAUAGUCUAGUAGACAUGAGACUUCCUUAGUGCUGAACAUUCUCUGAAUCAUUGCACCCUUUAGGCGGAGAAGUUAAUCUAGUUUGGACAACCGGCCCGAGUGAGAAUGCCUCCAGGGCCCAUCAUAUUUUUUCCUGCACAUCAACCUCCCAACUAUACUAGCUCUUUUCUAUCAGUUUUUUUGCAUGACUGGAAACACAAAUCACCGCAGAAUCAA